AUGUUAAAGUAUUGUAGACUGGCCAGCACCAUAGCCAUCUGGGCCCUCCUGGCCGUUGCCCUGCUCAGCCUCGCCUCCGGUCGUCGACAAAGCUAUCGAUCCUGGUCCGUGGCCUCGUCCGGCCUCGGCGCGACGUCGUCGAUACCGCACAAGAUAUGGCAAAUCUUCCUCACGCCCCCCAAGGCCGACAGGGCAAGCUUCCAGAUCGAGUCCUCCUCCCUGGCCUACACGGCCUCCUGGCUGGCGCGCCACCCCAACUACGAAUACGUCCUGGUCGGCGACGAGGGUGUCGAGCCCAUCCUCGACCAGAACUACAAGGACGACGAGUUCCUGCAUCGAAUCUUCCGCGAGAUGAAGAGCACGGGCAUGCGGUCGGAUCUGCUGCGCUACGUGCUGCUGGCCACGCGGGGAGGCAUCUACGCCGACCUCGACGUCGAGGCCGUGCGACCCUUUGACGAGUGGGUUCCGGCCGAGUACAAGGACCGGGCGCGCGUCGUCGUCGGCGUCGAGUUCGAUCGCCUCGACGGACCCAACUGGAACGAGGUCCACGAAGACAUGCAGUUUGCCCAGUGGACCAUUGCCGCGGCGCCGGGACACCCGCUGCUGCGGUCCAUGGUGCGCCGCGUCGUGUCCACGCUCGAAGCGUACGUCGAGGAAAAGGGCAUCACCUUGGCGGAGCUCAAGGCCGAGUCGGCCGACGUCAUGGUCCUCACCGGCGCCGCCGCCUGGACCGACAACGUCUUGGCCCAGCUCCAAAGGUACGAACCCGCCAUCACCUCGUUGCGGGACCUGUCCGGUCUGAAGGAGCCGCGCCUCGUCGGCGACAUUCUGAUCCUACCCAUCAACGGCUUCGGCAUGGGGCAAUCCCACUCCGGCAGCAGCAACGACGGGACCAUCCCGCACGACGCCAUGACGCGUCACAAUUUUCACGGCUCGUGGAGGAACGACGGCAGCAACUGA